UAAGAAAAAUGAAAAUUUUAUCAUCUCUUUUUUUUAUUGGCAAGAUUUGAAGACUUUGGAAAGUUGAAGGGUUUAUACAUGUUGAAUAAUUGUUGUUCAACAGGAAGAAGAGGAAGAUUCCAUGGUUUAGAAGAGAAGCUAACUCAACUUUGUUUGCAACUUCCUCUCUUGGAGUAUUGUUUCGUGAUAACUGAAACUGGCAUCAUUCUGACUCCAAACAAACGUGUAAAACCCGUCAUAGAUGUGGAACCUGAGAUAGUAUUUCAGGUAAAACAACUGGCGACACAACUAACUUCACUUGUAUUUCGUAAAUCGUGCAAAACAAUAAUACUAGCAACUAGUCAAUUAGACGUAGUCAUAUACGAUGUCGGUGACCAAUUCCUCGUUGCAUUUUCAAAAAAGAGCAAAGAGAACAGAGAAGGAAACGGUCUGACCCAAGAAAAACUAGAAGAACUUGGAAGACUCAUACGGGAAACACUUUGGUCUGACUAAACCAUGAAAAAAUAUUUAUUCGAGAGAAGCACUAGUCAUGUUUAAAAAGUUUUCUAAAGAAUCCUCCCAAACCACCACGAUG